GUUAAACCAGACAGCUGUUGCCUUGCAGAGUAUAUACAUACAUGACAUGUACGCUUGAGUGGAUAAAGUGUCAGAGAGGCAACAUGCUGAAACCUUGAGGAUUAUGAAUCAUCAGAUGAAUAAAUGGUAAAAGUGAUGAAGUUUAUGAUAACACUUUUGAUCUCGUCCUGUUUUAUCCUGGUAGCAUCAGGUAGAUUCCUACAUCAAAGAUAUCAACAUCUAGAUCAAACAAAUCACGAAACAGCUCCAAGUUACCCUGAAAUUAAUCAAAUAUAUCGACGGAAUGAAGAGAGGGAAGAAUUGCUGGAAAAACUUGCUCAAGUACUAAUUAACUACUACAGAGAUGAAUCGGUCCAAACAUCAGAGGAGAAUAAACGGGCGACAUUGUGGCUUCGGAAGAAGAACAGCGAGCUAGAGGAAUUAUCAGCAAUCGACAGUCUUCUACAGUGGAAUUUUGCAACUAACAUUACACACGAAAAUGAAGAGAAGUUAUCACUUGGACAAGUCCAAGCGUCCAAAUGGCAUGCUGCUAUGGAGGCACAAGGCACGAAAUUCAACAUGGCAAACUUAGAUAACAUAAACAGACGACAAUUGAGAUUAUUGUUGAAAUCUGCCAAUCCAGAAGACAUUAAUGUUGUGAGAGAAACUUCUGAUACAAGCAACGAAAUGUUGGCUACAUACAACACGGGGAAAGUGUGUAUGAAGGAUGAAAAAUGUCUUCCACUGGAACCAGAUAUCCAGGAUAUAAUGUCAAAGAGCCGAAAACCAAAACAGCUACUCGAAGCCUGGAAAGGCUGGCGUGACGUCACAUCAUCAAUCAAGCCACACUACACAAAUUUCGUUGAAUUGAAAAAUGAAGGUGCCAAGGAACAUGGCUACAAUGACUUCGGCGAAUUUUGGCGGGAUUCGUUAUUUGACAAGACACCAGAUCUGGAAGCAUCGGCAGAGAAAAUUUGGCAAGAAGUCCAACCAUUGUAUCAGGAACUACAUGCUUACGUCAGAAAUAAACUGCGCUCCUAUUACGGAGAGAAAGUUGUUGGCAGUGACGGAGCAAUACCGGCUCAUAUACUUGGAAACAUGUGGGCCCAACAAUGGACCGGAAUAUACGACAUACUUAAACCAUAUUCUUCCGCCGAUUAUAUCGCACAGGCCGAAGCUGAACUGAAGAAAAAAUAUGACGUGAAAGGACUAUUUAGAUUGUCGGAAGAAUUCUUCUCGUCAAUAGGACUAUAUAACAUGACGGAGAAAUUCUGGAAUAAUUCAAUGAUGGUGAAACCUGAAGGUCGAGAAGUUCAGUGCCACGCCUCAGCGUUUUAUUUGUACCGACGAGGAGAUUUCAGAAUUAAGAUGUGUGCUGAAGUGAGUUUAGAUUACCUAGAAACAAUUCACCAUGAAAUGGGUCAUAUAGAAUAUUACAUGGCGUAUGAAGAUCAACCUAGCGUGUUCCGGGACGGAGCUAACAGUGCCUUUCAUGAAGCUGUUGGAGACACUAUAGCGCUUUCUGUCACCAGUAGACCCCAUCUAAAAACAAUUGGUUUGUUGAAUCAAGAUAGUACUGAAUCAAAAAAAAGUGACAUUGAUAUGUUAUUACAGAUGGCUUUAAAUAAACUGGCCUUUUUACCGUUUGGUUACCUCGUUGACAAAUGGCGAUGGGCUGUCUUCAGGGGUGACGUCAAAGAAGCUAACUAUAAUAAAUAUUGGUGGCAACUCAGGCUAAAAUAUCAAGGAGUUGUCUCCCCUAUACCAAGAUCUGAAAAUGAUUUUGACCCUGCCGCUAAAUUCCACAUUCCUGCCAAUUCGCCUUACAUGAGUUAUUUCUUCAGCCAUAUAUUACAGUUUCAAUUUUAUAAAAGAUUAUGUGAUUUAUCUGGUCACCAGGGGGAGCUGCAUACAUGUGAUUUUUACAAAUCAAAAGAUGCCGGAUCAAAAUUAAAAGAGAUGCUAGCAUUAGGAAGUAGUGUACCAUGGCAGGAUGCCUUAGAACAAUUCACAGGAUCUCGUGAAGUCUCAGCUAAACCUCUUAUAGAGUACUUCCGUCCAUUGAUGACUUGGUUACGAGCGGAAAAUAAAAAAUAUGACGAAAAACCGGGUUGGAAAGAUGCAAAAAUAAACUGGCUCAAUGAUGAUUCAUUUCCAGAAUGGGCUUAUUAAAUUGUUAAAUUGUUUUUAAAAUCAAA